GAUGCGCGACCCCGCCGGCGGGCCCGGGAUCCACCGGGCCGACGGGGACGGGGACGGGCCCCUGGACAUCUGGGCCGUGGUCAAGCCCGGCAACACCAAGGAGAAGAUCGCCUUCUUCGCCGCCCGCGGGGGCGGGGGCGGGGGCGGGCGGCCCGGGCCCCUGAAGAGCAAGAGCAGCUGGGACAUCGACGGCCGGGCCGCCAAGAGGAGGAAAAAGCCCCCCGGGCCGCAGCGGGCCAAGGGCCGGCCGGACGGGCGGCGGGAGGAGCCCCCGGCCCGCCGCCCCGCCGACCCCGCCGACGGGGGCCGUCCCGGCCGGCCCCCGUCGGUGGCCGAGAUGGUGGCCUUCCUGGAGCGGCGGGCCGGCGCCCUGCUGGCCAGCCGCGCCGAGGCCGGGCCGCCGCGGGCCGGGGGCCCGGGGCCGGACGCCGCCGAGGAGGGGCCGGGCGAGGCCGUGCGGGUGCUGGCCAUGGUGGCCCGGCUGGAGUCGGAGUGCCUCGGGCGCCGGGGCCGGCGGGAGGGGCCCCGGCCGGCCCCCGGCGGGGCGCGGGGCCCCCGGCCCAAGAGGCCCGUGUCGCACGACUUCCUGGAGACCCGCUUCAGGAUCCAGCAGCUGCUGGAGCCCCAGCGGUACAUGACCUUCCUGCCCCACCACAUCAUGGUCAAGAUCUUCGGGCUGCUGCCCACCCGCAGCCUGGUGGCCCUCAAGGUCACCUGCGCCUACUUCAAGUUCCUCAUCGAGCACUACAACGUGCGGCCGGCGGACUCGCGCUGGGUGCGGGACCCCCGCUACCGCGAGGACCCCUGCAAGCAGUGCAAAAAGACCUACGUCCACGGCGACGUGUCCCUCUGCCGCUGGCACCCCAAGCCCUACUGCCAGGCCCUGCCCUACGGGCCCGGCUACUGGAUGUGCUGCCACCGGGCGCAGAAGGGGGUGCCCGGCUGCCAGCUGGGCCUGCACGACAACCGCUGGGUGCCCGCCUGCCACAGCUUCAACCGCCCCGGCCCCAGGCGGGGCCGGGGCCCCGAGGACGAGGGCUAGCCGCCCCCCGCCCGGGGGCCCGCCGUGCGUCCCGUGGAGGGGGCGAGACCCCCCGGACCCGCCCCGGGUGAAGGCGCCCCGUGUGAUAUACGAACGUUUCCGAGAGACUCCGCGGUUCGAGGGUUCGUUCGGCCCGAGGGGUCCCCGCCCCUC